CUGGUGCGCCUGCCCUCAAGCAUUAAUUAAUGAAACUGUCGAAUACAAGGGGGGGCAUUGAGCCUAAACCCCUGAUUACAAUAAGCAUCUAGAGAACAUCCUGAAAUAUUAUCACGAGUCUCUACCAAAUAACUGUAUUCAAUUAGGCACCAACUAGCAAAGAACACUCUACUGACGACUCUAUUUGCUUUGACAUAGCAGUGACAUAACAAAAAGAUAACUCAAUGUGUAACCCGAUUACAACGUAGCAUAAUUACCAGCUUUAGCACAGCUUUCCUACUAUGUUGCCGCCGGAUCUAUUCCCUGUCACUAGGCUGUAGCGACCACUUGAUAAAGCAAGGAACUCGCCUUCUACCCAGAGCAGACAAGGCACUUUGAGUGCAUAUACAGGCACAAAACCCGACUAGUUCUACACAAAAAGUGUAGGGACUUAUUAUUCGCAACAAGCGAAAACAAACUAAGCAAACAAAAUAAAUAACUAUAAAUAAAAUAAAAUCUGAGAUAAGACCCACUAUGUGAACCCAACCCAGAACUCUAACCCAGAUCGGGCCCAAAGGCAGAAUCUGAGCCCAAAAAACCAAAUCAGCAAAUGGAUCGUUUCCAAUCCUCCCGGCCCAAGAAAGCUGUUGCAUCAUGCCGCCACCAAUCCUACCUCCCCUCCACUGGCGCCGGGUCACCGUCGUCCUCCGACAUCGGAGGGCCGCGCCAACCAUUACGAUCGCCACCCAACACCAACCGGAAAAAGGAAGCUUGCCAUCUGUCCCUGAAUCCGGCGUCCAAGCACCACCGUCAAACAGGCCAACAAGCCUUCGAUCCCUAUCAACCAGCCUUCGAUCUACUCCAGCCGGCCAUAGAACCCGCCCUGCCAACCACUAGCAGCCACCAAACGCCGAUCUGACCCGCUCAUAAUCCGAUCUCACUCUAAUCCCAGCCCACCGCCACGACGCUGCAACUCCCUCCAACCGAAAAAGAAGCCAUCACCAACGCCGUAGCGCAGCCAAACAGGAACAAAGGCAGAUAACGGCGUUCUCUAGAUUUUCAGCGGGUGGAGCGCGUUCUGUUUUUUCCUUAGACUAUUCUUAUUCAUUGUAACAUUAAGAAACCAUCCGGUCUGAAGUGUGUUUUAUGACGUCUUAAUAUUCGAGCGAGUGAUAUACAUAAUAAAUAAAUGACCUAAUCACCAUGGGAAUGCCCGACCCGUUACCAUCAUUUUGAGCAAGCCCAUUACAUCACACAGUCCUUCGAACUGCUAAAAGCCUAAAACCCCAGUCUCCUUCAUCUUCAUCCACACUUUGUGAACUAACAAAUUCGCAUACACAAAUUCUUAACCAGUUAAAACCCUACAAACCCUUAAACUUGAUUAGGGUUCUUCACAGCGAGACAGAAUGCAGGGCUUGAAGCGAUUUACCCGAUCUUCUAUAUCUGCUUCUCAAAUCUUGAGGCCCAAUGAGAACAACAACAAGCUUUAUCUUCUUCCACCAACCCAGCAUUUCUUAGCUCAAAGAACCUCCAAUCGCUUCUUCGACUUUUACAAGCUUGGAAAUAAAGCGGCGGUAGAGAAAGAGCGGGCACGGCUUGCAGAUGAGCUGAAUAGGGGUUAUUUUGCUGACCUGUCAGAGCUUAAGAAACAUGGUGGUAAGAUUGCAGAGGCAAAUAAAAUCUUAUUUCCUGCUAUGGCAGCUGUAAAGUUCCCCGACUUAGAAGUAAACUACUCUGAUGACAAAAUAUUAAAGCUGCCCUUUAGACCCAAUGGAAAUGAAAAUGUGGCUGAUGCCAACAUCUCAGCUCUCCCUAAGGCAUCUUUACUCUGCCUUUCAUUUCGAGCAAGUUCCCAGGGAAUGAUUGAUUCUUGGAGCAUCCCUUUUGUCAAUGCUUUCAGUGGUUCGAAAGACAUUCAAUUAUUUGAGGUGUCAUUUAUAGACUCGUGGUUCUUGUGUCGGAAACCAAUUAAGCAGCUUCUGCUUCGGAUUAUGAAGAAACCUAAGCAUGUUGAAAACAAGGAUACAGUUAAAAGGCAGAUCGUAUAUUCAUUCGGCGACCAUUAUUACUUCAGAAAAGAACUUAAAAUCUUGAACCUUCUGACAGGGUACAUAUUCCUGCUCGAUAAGUUUGGUAGAAUAAGAUGGCAAGGCUCCGGAGUGGCUACGGAAGAGGAGUCGUCAUCCCUUCUCUCUUGCACAUCACUACUCUUGGAAGAGAAAUAAGGCAGUUGAAUCUUAUGUCCUGACCUAUAUCUUUAGUGGAUUACAAGCUCCAAAUUCAAGGAUUCUAGACUAUAGCAAUUUUACCUCAUAAUGCCACAUUGUGUAUUUUGUGUUUAGUUUCAGUACAAAUACACAGAGGUUUGGCUUUUCAGGUUAACUUCUACUUUUCUCUGGUACAUUUUUGCUCAACUCGAAAAUCAAAUGUAUAACAUUUACAUGUUAUUGGUAAUAUCUGCAUUCAUUCC